CGAUUCGGAAAAUCGAACAUCUCCGAUAGGCUCUCACCGAGAGAGACGCCAGUAAUAACACUGGACGGUGCGAAAGGAUCAGAUCUCUCACUCGAAUUGGAACGCUUUCCACUGUCAGCUUCUUAAUUUUCCGAUUCGAAGCUGAGGAUCUCUUUCUUCUUCUUCUUCUUCUUCGUCGUCGUCGUCGUCGUCUCUUACUUCGAAUUAUGCAGAAUACUGCACAAGCUUGGUUUAUGGGGGGACCGAGUAAUACUGAUCAGAAGGAAUCCUCGUCUCUGCUCGCCGAUUGGAACUCUUACGCGGCCUCGAAAGCUUCUGAAGAGACUGAACCCUCCAGCUUAGGGUUCGAUCUCGAAGCCGCUGUAAGAACUGCCAACGAUAAGGUCACCGGAACUUUUAAUGUGGUUUCGAAAGGAGUGAAGGAUUUGCCAGGGAACCUCCAGUCUGCUACCACCUAUGUCCCUUCUGGAAAAUCUCUCAUGUACUUUGGUUUAUUCCUGGCGACUGGAGUGUUCUUCAUUUUCAUUGCAUUUACCAUGUUCCUUCCAGUAAUGGUGCUAAUGCCUCAGAAAUUUGCUAUCUGCUUUACCCUUGGAUGUGCUUUCAUCAUUGGAUCUUUCUUCGCCCUUAAAGGUCCAAAAACUCAGCUUGCACACAUGUCAACAAAAGAGAGACUUCCUUUUACGCUGGGAUUCAUUGGCUGCAUGGUGGGUACUAUCUACGUUUCCAUGGUGCUUCACAGUUAUGUUCUUUCUGUGCUUUUCUCUGUAUUACAGGUACUCGCACUUAUAUACUAUGCUAUUUCUUACUUCCCUGGAGGAUCUGCUGGAAUGAAGUUCCUUAUGUCGUCUCUCAUGUCUUCAAUAAUGAAAUGUUUUGGCAGAUGAUGUUGAUGUCUUUCGAACAAUCUCCUCCUGACCCUCUCCCACCACCACCACCACAAAAAAAAAGAAUGCAAAAUCAAAACGAAAAAGGAUAAGCAAAGGAUUGCAUGUUUGUUCUUUAGAUAGGUACCUGUCUAUGAGAGUUGUAGUGUUCUUAGAUACAACUUGCAUCUGCCUUGGAUCCAUUGAUUGGUUUAAGCCUUUUGUUUCAUACUGUUUUCAUAACAAAUAGACAAAUAUGGAUAAAUUGGCAUAAAGAACUUGUAGGGGUAUUGUCCCAUUUGGAUUCUAAUUAGUUUUGGCUAUUGAAGAUCUGGGUGCUGUAAAUUAGAAAAGGGCUCUCUGAAGUGUGAUGGUCCACA